GGAGGCCCGGCACCGAGCGCCGGCUCCGCGCCAUGGCGGGCGCCGGCCCCCCGCCGGCGCCGCCGAGCGCCGGGCUGCCGCCGAGCGCCCCCGGCCGCUGAGGUGACGCCCGGACCGGAGGCUGCUGCCGCGCGCCGGGCGCAGGCGUUCGCGGCUCUCGGCAUCGCCGGCUCCGACCACGAGGGCUUCGACGAGGAGCUCGGGCGCCUCGGAGCCGCUGCGCCGUGGGAGGCCGACGCGCCGGCCGAGGCCCAGCAUCGGAGAGCACCGCCGAGUCCGAGCAUGCCGCUGCUGCGGCGGCGCGCGAGGACCCUGCCGACCCGCUGGCGUCCUGGCCCGGGUGGGCGCCCCUCCCAGCCGACCUCUGCUGCGAGCCCC